AUGUCACACAAGAUCAUUCUCCGAUUUUGGUUUCCAGUCCUUCUCUUAGGAGCUGAAGCUUCUGGAGCAGAAGAACUGAACAGGGUUCUGGGGGAAACGGUCACAUUCCGCGUGAAGAUCGCUGGACCCUAUAAAUCAAUAUCCUGGAAUAAAAUUGUCGGCAUCAGAUCUGGAAAUAUUGCUGUGGUGAUCUUUCGGAAGCCAUGUGCCCUUCUGGUCCUCCUACCAGCUUUUGAAAACAGAGUGACCGCUUCCAAGGACUGCAGAGGAUUACUUCUCAGUCAUGUGGAGAAAAAGGAUGCAGGACAAUACACUGCAAACGUUGUUUUACAAACCGGAGAGACAGUGAAUGAGUCCUUUGAGCUACGGGUUUUCAGUGAGUUGCUGGACUCUCAGCUGAAAGUGACUUGUACUUCUGAUGGGGCUGGAAGUGGAACUUGGCAGCUGAAUUGCUCUACAGAGACCUGGAAAGACAGGGUGUAUAUCAGCUGGACUUUAGCCACUAAGAGCACGGAUCCCAGCCCUGGGAGUUCUGUGAUCCAGUUUGUCUCCCAAGAUCUCGAUGCAACGUGCACAGCAGAAAACCCUGUUAGCAAGGCCUCCAGGAUGGUCUCCUUAAAACAAGUUUGUGCAGAACAGGCUAAGACCCCCUCUGCGCUGCCUCUCUGGGCCCUGCUGGGCCUAAGCAAACUGGGAAGUCUUCUCCUUCUUGGCUGUUUGGGGCUCAUUCAGAUGGUGAAGUCCAGAAAAGGCAUAAUGACAGAAAAGACUAAUAAACAAAGCUUAUAUUUGACUUUGCAUGUCACAACAGAGGCAAGAAUUACAUUUGUGCAAUACUGGAAGAAUGAAGGAAUACCAGCAGAUGAAGAAAUAAUAAAAAAAUACUAGAAUGAGCAGAGACAGAUUGACUAUGAGAUUGAAAGAAAAGGAAGAAACGGACUAUUAUCAAACCUGGGAUUUAUUUUACUAUUGGCUAGAUCAGUGGUUCUUAACCUUUUUGAACAAAUCGCCCCCUUGAGCCAAUGAGGAAGUUGUCAUCGCCCCCCUCCCCCAACAUAACCUCU